UAUUUUUUAAAGCAGAUAAAAUAAAACAACAAUGUCUACACCUGCUGAUAACACUGAUGAAAAUGUCGAAAUCUGGAAGAUGAAAAAGUUGAUCAAGAACCUCGAGAUGGCUAGAGGUAACGGUACUUCCAUGAUUUCCCUUGUUAUUCCUCCCAAGGAUCAAAUUUCUCGUGUUGUAAAGAUGUUGGCUGAUGAAUACGGUACUGCCUCCAAUAUUAAGUCUCGCGUCAACCGUCUAUCUGUCUUGUCCGCCAUUACUUCCACUCAACAACGUUUGAAAUUAUAUACAAGAGUGCCUGAAAACGGUUUGGUUGUUUACUGUGGUACUAUCAUCACAGAUGAAGGUAAAGAAAAGAAGGUCAACAUCGAUUUCGAACCCCACAAGCCUAUCAACACUUCUCUUUACUUGUGUGAUAACAAGUUCCAUGUCGAACCUUUGGCUGAACUCUUGGAUAACGAUGCCAAGUUUGGCUUUAUUGUCAUGGAUGGUAACGGUACCCUUUUCGGUACUGUUAGUGGUAAUGUGCGUGAUGUGAUUCACAAGUUGAGUGUCGACUUGCCCAAAAAGCACGGUCGUGGUGGUCAAUCCGCUCUUCGUUUCUCUCGUCUUCGUGAAGAAAAGAGACACAACUAUGUUCGUAAGAUUGCUGAACUCGCUGUCCAACUCUUUAUUACGAACGACAAGGUCAACUGUGCUGGUCUUGUCUUGGCUGGUUCUGCUGAUUUCAAGACUGAAUUAUCUCAAUCUGACUUGUUUGACCCUCGUCUUCGUGCCAAGAUUGUCAAGAUUGUCGAUGUCUCUUAUGGUGGUGAAAACGGUUUCAAUCAAGCCAUUGAAUUGUCUGCUGAAGCCUUGUCAAAUGUCAAGUUCAUUCAAGAAAAGCGUUUGAUUGGUGAAUACUUUAGUGAAAUUUCUCAAGACACUGGUAAAUACUGUUUCGGUAUUGACGAUACCCUCAAGGCUCUUGAAAUGGGUGCUGUUGAGACAUUGAUUGUUUGGGAAAACCUUGCUGCUAACCGUUACACCCUUCGUGAUGCUUCUGGUAAUGAAGUCAUUGCUUAUCCUAAUGCUCAAGAAGAAAAGACCAAGUCCUUUAUGGCUGAUAACAGUGCUGAUGCUACUCCCAACUCAGAAAUGGAAGUGAUUGAAGUUAUGCCUUUAUUAGAAUGGUUCACACUCAAGUAUAAGGACUUUGGUGCUGCUCUUGAAAUUGUCACUGAUCGUUCUCAAGAAGGUUCUCAAUUCGUUAAAGGUUUUGGUGGUAUUGGUGGUAUUCUUAGAUACCGUGUUAACUUUGAACAACUCAACUAUGACUCUGAUGAAUUCAUUUCUGAUGAUGAUGAAGAAUACAUCUAGACAUUUUUCCCUUAUUUUUUUUUUUACUUUUCACUAAACGAAUACAAUUGUGUAUAGCCUCUUCUGUUGUAUUGAUCAAUAAAAUUGUAUGAUAUAAUAUACA